CUUGGCUUCGACUCCAAAGCCAAAACCCUUGAUAAAAUCUCUUCGUCUUCUUUCUCUUUCGCUCUGAAUUUUGAAAACCAAAAUCCCCAUUGAUCAGUGAGCAAGCAUGUCUCUUAAACCUAGCGCGAGGACAGAGGUUCGAAGGAAUAUGUACAAGGUAUCUGUUGAUGCCGAUGUAGGUCGAAGGAGGAGGGAGGGUGACAUGGUGGAGAUCCGGAAGAACAAGAGAGAAGAGAACUUGCAGAAGAAGCGACGUGAAGGCCUGACUGCUUCCAUGGCGCAGCAGGAUCUCUACUCCUAUAAGAGAUUGGAAAAUAUAACACAGUUGGUUGCUGGAGUUACUUCAGAGGAUAGAAGUUUGCAACUGGAGGCAACUAUUGGCAUCCGAAAAUUACUCUCAGUUGACUAUAAUCCACCCAUCAAUGAAGUUAUUAAAUAUGGUGUUGUUCCUCGCCUUGUCCAGUUUCUUUCCAGUGAUAUCGAUGACUUUCCCCAACUUCAGUUUGAGGCAGCUUGGGCGCUCACUAAUAUUGCUUCAGGGACAUCUGAAAACACUAAGGUCAUUAUUGAUAGUGGUGCUAUCCCCUCUUUCAUCAGACUUCUCGCUUCUCCAUGCGACGAUGUCCGUGAACAGGCUGCCUGGGCACUGGGUAACGUCGCUGGUGACUCACCAAAAUUCCGUGAUCUCGUUCUAAGGAGCGAUGCCAUGAUGCCUCUUUUGGCUCAGUUCAACGAGCACACACAGCUCUCCAUGCUGAGAAAUGCUACAUGGACCUUGUCAAACUUCUGCAGAGGGAAGCCUCACCCUGCACUUGAGCAGACACAACCAGCUUUACCAGUUCUUGAGCGCCUUUUGCAUUCAACCGACGACGAAGUUCUCACAGAUGCAUGCUGGACUCUCUCUUAUCUCUCAGAAGGUAACAACGACAGAAUACAAACUGUUAUCAAUGCCGGUGUCAUCCCUACCCUCGUUCCACUCCUAUCUCAUCAUGUGCCAUCAGUUCUGAUUCCAGCCCUCCGUACAAUUGGUAAUAUUGUAACCGGAGAUGAUAUUCAGACUCAGGAGGUUCUUAACUAUCAUGCGCUUCCUCGUCUCUUGCCCAUUUUGACAAGUACAUACAAGAGGAGUAUCAAGAAGGAAGCUUGUUGGGCUAUCUCUAACAUUACAGGUGGAACCACUAGUCAGAUACAACAAGUGAUUGAAGCCGGCAUUAUUCAGCCUCUGAUUUACAUGCUUCACAACGCGGAUUUCGAAAUUAAAAAAGAAGCUGUUUGGGCUAUCAGUAACGCAACUUCUGGUGGCAAUCAUGACCAAAUCAAGUUUCUUGCGGACCAAGGAUGCAUCAAACCGCUCUGUGAUCUCCUCACAUGUCCUGAUCCAAGGAUCGUCACAGUGAUCUUGGAAGGUCUAGAGAACAUUCUUAAAGUAGGUGAAGAGGAGUUGAAUCAAGGCAACACCGGGGGCUAUAACAUAUACGCGCAGAUGAUUGAUGACGCUGAAGGUUUGGAGAAGAUUGAGAAUCUUCAGAGUCACGACAAUAAUGAAAUUUACGAGAAAGCUGUCAAAAUCCUCUCUAUGUAUUGGACCGAAGAAGACGACGACAGUGAACAUGACGAUCCUGAGGACAACGGUUUCAAAUUCGGAAACCAAAGUGGCAAUGCUCCUAAAGGUGGAUUCUACAUUGGUUGAAGGUCUAAUUCAUAUAUUGCUUGUUCGUCAAGCUACCUACUUUUUUUUAAUGUUAAAAGCUUGGCAGAAAAGGUCAGAAUGCUGACGAAGAAGAACAGAUGUCUCUCGGUCAUUUCUUAGAUUUGCAAGAUUUUUAUUUGAUAAAAGGUUGUUUUGUAAUUUUAAUAGUUCAACAUUGAUUUUGCUUUAGUUUA